AUGGCGGAGCCAUCAUCCAAACGGGCCCGACCAAACGUCCCCGAUCGUGACGACCCGGCGGCUCGCGGUCCCAGACACCCCGCGACACGGAAACGGGCCCCAUUGGCCUGCGAGGAAUGUCGCGUUCGCAAGAGACGAUGUGAUGGAGCGGUCCCCAUCUGCGGCGGUUGCACAAAGCGAAAGACAACCUGCAUUUACCUGGCCGAGCUCCGGGAACGGUCUUGGCAGCAAGGCAUGAUCCAAUCGCUGCGGAGUCGGCUGGGCGAGUUAGAAGAGGCCGAACGAUUGCAACAGCAGCAGCAGUCCAACAACGUGGGCGACCAGACCGACUCCCAGCGCCGCCGCACAACACGUAGGGACCCCGUUCUCGAUCGGGAACCAACGUCAGAUGUCGAACAAGGCGUGAGCAAUCAGAACGCUGGCCACGAAGCAUCCACGCAAGCUUGUAAUACCAUUGCCACCCAAAACCCGAGUCUCGCCAACGCGUCGGGAAUGGAUAUGGAGACGUGGCUUUUCGAUGAUGCGAGAGCAACAGCCUCCCCGAGGCCAGGGUCUCCCGGCAACAACGGUGUAGGCGCGCUCGGCACAGCCCAGUCACCACCGCUUCCGGCCACCGACGUCAAUAGGCCUGGCACCCAAGAGUUACCGGCUGUUGCACACGUCCCUGGCUCUUCGACUGUCUGGGUUGGCAACGUGGGCCGCCCUUCAUCACAAGCGAGUCCUUCCGCAUCGUCUCAUCGCCUUGAGGCUCCCAACACCCAAACGCUGAUGAGCCCAAUCGAUCGUACGAUUAGCCUAGUGUCGGCCCCCAUACACUCCGGUCUGAAGACUGUUUCUUCUGUCGCAGGAGCAGCAUCUGCGGUCCCGCAGAAAUGCACCUGCGACCGCUUUCUGCGAACAACGCAGUGGACUCUACCACUUCGGCGACAGGCGGAUGAUCUGGUCCGGCUCUACUUCACUCGGGUCCACCGGACGUACACUAUCCUUCAUCGACCGACGUUUAUGAAGCAAUACGAACAGUUAUGGGAACCGGCGCCUUCGGGGACUGAACUCUCGCCCUACGCUUCCAAUUGCUUGGGUCUGUGCAGGCAGAAGGGCCUCGACAAGACCUUUCCCGCCAUGGUCAACGUUGUCUUUGCACUGGCGUCCUUGUUCGGGCCGAACCCACCGGAACAGAACUCGGCACGAGCCGAGGCCUUCUUCAACGUCACCCAACAAAUCGAUCUGCUAGACGUCAUUGACGAGGAUGGAGGCAUCGAGCUGGUUCAGUUGCUCCUCCUGAUGGGCUAUUACCUUCAGACAACGGAGAAGUUCUCAAAGUGCUGGAAUAUUGCUGGCCUUGCCAUCCGCAUGGCCCAGAACAUGGGGCUGCAAUUGAGCCCAAACGAUGCCCGACGAAAAGGUUGCCCAACUCCAUCUCUAACUCAGCGGGAGGUGGAGAUGCGAGUGCGUGUCUGGUACGGCUGUGUCUUGCUCGACCGGGAGAUCUCUGCGCUGUUUGGACGAACGUCGAUGAUUCGAAGCGAUCAACUUCGACUCCCGUUGCCAGAGGCCAUUGACGACGAGUACCUCAGCGAGGACAAGGCGAAGCGGAAUUCCCAGCCGGAAAACUGUCCGAGUACAGUGGAGUCAUUUAUCGAGACCAUCAAGCUUUACGCCAUUCUUGGUCAGGUUUUGGACAGGGACGAGUCGACAGAUAUGGCAAGAACCCCGCGGCCCGACGCGUUGUCCAGCGGCCAUGCCGAUGCCCAGUCAUUGUUGGACCUGGACACGAUGAUCAUGGAGUGGCGGGACUCUCUUCCCCCACACCUCCAGUACGACCCUACAGCGGAAGAUGGCCGGUCAGGUAAUGCUCUGAUUCCGGACGGCUUUUUGGCGCCGGCGCUGCGACUUCAUGUAAGAUUUCUUCAUGUCCGAGUCCUCAUCCUCCGUGGGGCCCUCGAACACCUCCUGAAGCAACGGCACAUAUUUCCGCCCACACAAGCGAAGACGAGCCCCGGUGUUGGGCGGGUUCAAGAUUGGAUGCUAUCCGGAAUUGCGGCGCAAUGCGUCUUGUCGGCCGAGAGCCUGGUCCGCUGUCUUGACACGAACAUCAAAACGCGAAGCCUCGCUGCCUGGUGGUACAACGUUAGCUACUUGCACACAUGCGGCAGCGUCCUGCUUAUGGGCCAACUGUGCUCCUUUGACGAAGGCCUGAUAAACCGGGAGUCACUCACAGCAAGCUGGGAUCUUAUUGCAAACAACUCUUUCAACUUGCUCCAGCAAAGCACCAAGAGGUUGCUGGCAGAGAGGGAUCGACCGGGGGCGGCAGAUAUGGAGAACGGGCGUUUGCAGGGCCGGAUAUGGGCAGCACCAAACCAAACUGGCGUACGACCAAGUAACACUCCUGCAGGAACGGGGCUCGACCUCCAGAACAGGUCACUGUCCGCAACAUUGGUUGGAGGGGAGCCUUCGACCUUGACUACCACGGGGCAAGUAAAGACGAGCGGUGUCAAUCUUCCAGAGGACAGUCUGGAGGCAGAGUUAUGGGGUGCCGGCGAUCCUGCAGGGUUGGGAGAAUGGGCUUUCAUGCCGUACCUCUCGCAGGUAGCGCAGCUAGAGUCACUGCCCCAAGAGUUCCAGGGAUUCGACAUCUUCAAUAUCGAGUAG